AUGUUGCAAGCGGCUGGUCAGCUAUUAAAACGAGUGCUGAUGGUACCCCCAAAACACUAUAACAUCGAGUAUAAAAUUAAUCCUUGGACUGGAGGACAGAUCGAUGAGAGUAAAGCAUUCGAACAAUGGAAAGCACUCAAAGCGGCUAUCGAAAAACAAGGAGUAGAGGUGCUGACGAUGGAACCGGUUCCCUGGGCUUUCCGACCAGGUAUUCGUCUGCCAUUCAGAUCUGCAGAGCAACCACAUUACCGGAAGUGGUUCAAAUCCUGCAAACUUCGCGUCUUUGGUGAUCAGUACCCGGUAUUUUUCGAAGGAGGUGGUGAUGCCAUAUUUUCCGACAGAAACACGCUUUGGGCUGGAUAUGGUCCACGAUCUGCCAAAGAAGUUUAUGAGCAAUUAAAAGUAUUGGGAAAGUUUGACACUGUUAUUUGCGAGCUAAUACAUCCUAAAUUUUAUCAUCUGGACACGUGCUUCACACCAGUUGACAGAACAACCGCUCUCUGGUUUCCGCCAGCAUUUUCAGAGCAAACCAAAAAGGAGGCCUUCAAUUAUAUCCUUCAAGAUUCACGCACAUUGGAUUUCUGCUCCAAUGAAACCUACAGUGCCAUCAAGGCAGCGCUUUACAUCAGUUGA